AUGAGCGUACUAACAACUAAGGAAAGUAAAAAGACUAAACUACUUUUGAUUGGAGGAACAGGUGAUGGUAAAAGUUCAUUUGGUAAUUUCAUUUUGAAGAAAAAUGCUUUUGUCGUUAACGAUAGUCCAAAUCCCGAGACUAAAACAACAACGGGAUCAUAUGGAGAAGGAGAUAGGAGUGAUGUGUUUGUUAUUGAUACACCUGGUCUUCAAGACUCUAGUGAAAUGGAUGAAAGUGAGUUAAACCAAAUGAUAAGUUACGUAAAUGAACAAAAAGGUGUAGAUGGUAUUAUUCUUGUGUUGAACUAUAAUAGUGUUGAAUUUUUGGAUAAUAUUGAAUCAUUGAUUAAAAAAUUAUACAAUGUUUUUCCAAUACCGGACUUCUGGGAACAUGUAAGUAUUGUAUGGACUAAAUGCUUUUGUUAUAUUUCUGAAAAAAAACGAGAAAAACAAAUAGAAAUCAAAAAAGAAGAGUAUCAAGAACAACUAAUAAGACUCGUUAAAGAAACAACUGGAAAAGAAAAAAGUAUUGCAUUCCCAAUGUUCUUUGUUGACUCACAACCAGAUGAAGACGAAGAUAAUAGUAGAACAGAUAAAGAAGUUGAAGAGUUUUUGAAAUGGGCUCGUAGUUUAACACCAAUUAGUGUUGUUGAGAAAGAUUUGAAAGAAGACACAAAAUAUAAAAAAGUUGUUGUAGAAGAAAAGGAAGAGAUAGCUGAUAUCAUAGUUGUCAAAGACGGUUAUGUGAAAUUAAAAAUUGAAAAGAAGAAAAGAGAGUUGAGAGCUGAACAUAAUGGAAAAAUGACUUGUACUGAAUGGGAAGUAAUAGACACUAAAUGUGAAGAUAAACCAAUUUCUAAAAAUUAUGCUAAUAUUUCAAAAGAAGAGCUUAUAGGGUAUUUAAAUAAGUUCGGAACUAAAUUAUUUGAGCUUAUCGUUGAUUAA